AUGGCUUCGCACGACAUGUCCAUGACUGCUUUACAGAUGGAGGACGAAGUUCACGGGCCCACUGCUCCGGAUCCGACAAACAACCUGAACCCCCAGAAUUGGUCACCCUGGAAAAAGCGAUUUCUGUUCUGUGCAUUGUUGUCCAGCUCGAUACUCUGCGACGGUGGGAUGACUUGGGGCGCUACAUUGGUGAUUCCGCAGUCAAUUGAGUGGCAUCUUACACCACAGCGUGUCGCGACCAGUCUGAACUAUGGCAUUCUGCUCCAAGGCGUGGGCGGUGUCCUUGCAGUGCCGUUGAUGGACGCAUUUGGGAGGCUUCCACUGUGGUUUUGGCCGCAGAUCUUGACCCUGGCAAUGGUGGUCGGCUGCUGUCUCGCCCCAACUUUCGACACUUUCACCGCUUUCAGAGCCAUGCAAGGCCUUUUUGGCACAAUGCCCCAGAUCAUUGGUCUGCCAAUCAUCCACGACAUAUACCUGCCACGGGACUGGCCUGCCAUGAUCAAUAUCUGGGGGACGACAUUCUUGGUUGGGCCAUUUCUGGGACCAGCUCUUGCAGGAUAUCUGCUGAAGAUCACCCAUAGCUGGAGAGAUGCCUUCCGAGUUCUGGCUGGCUUGUAUGGCGCAUCAACGUUGCUGGUGCUCGCGUUUGGCCGCGAAACAUACUACAACAGGUCAAGCGGGACACAACAAAUAAGGCGAGCCAAAGCUUUCCUAGGAAUCGGAAAUACUGAAGUACACAAGGCUUCAACGAUGAUAGCGUCAUCGAGGCUCGUAUUCAUCCUGGCAUUUCUGAGGCUGCCCCUUCUCCUGGUUGGACUCUCAAGCUUGGUCAAUUUCACGUGGCCGAUUGGUAUCACGACAACAAUCUCGACCAUCUUGUACGCACCGCCUUACCUGUUCAAUAAUGUUGAAGAUGCAUCAAUGCGGUUUGCGGGGGUUAUCGGUGCGCUGCUCGGUUACGCCGUGGGAUAUUUGUUCAACGAAAGGAUAUCUCGUUCCAGGACUCAGAAGACUGACUGGAGGCCCGAGUAUCGUCUUCAUGGCGUUUGGCUGCCGGUGGUGUCCUCGGUCCUGGGUCUGCUGACGUAUGGACUAACGCUGCACUUUCAGAAAAGCUGGGUUGGACUGGCCUUCGGGUGGGUUAUGGUCAAUAUCGGCUUAGUGGCAUCGACUGUGUAA